GUCCCUGGAGGUGAGCCUGAGCCAGCCCACUCGCAGCAGCAGUGGCUCGGAGCGGUCUCUGCUUGUCGCGGAGGAGAUGCGCAGCCUCAUCGUGGAGAAGGGCCCAGGGCCAGUGGAGGAUGACCCCGAUGCUCUCGUGAAAGGUUGGCUGCAGCGGGAGGUGCGGGGCGGUGUGAAGACCCCCUGGAUACGGCCUCGGAAGUACUGGUUCGUGCUGACGCCUGACUCCCUCGACUACUACAGCAGCAACGAGAAGGGGGCCCGGCGGCUGGGCUCCCUUGUGCUCACCAGCCUCUGCUCUGUGCUCUGGCCGGACAAGCAGACCUACAAGGAGACGGGCUACUGGAGCGUGACGGUGUUUGGCAGGAAGCAUUGCUACCGCCUGUACACAGAGCACCUGAACGAGGCUGUGCACUGGGUGUGCGCAGUGCAGAAGGUCAUCGACAGCAAAGCGCCCGUCCAGACGCCCACCCAGCUGCUCAUGCGUGACGUCGAGGAGCACUGCGGCAGCCCCGAGGUCCUGGAGCAGAUCUACCGCUGCAACCCGAUCCUGCGCUACACCAGCAGCCCCCUCUACGCUCCUCUGCUGCCCUUCCCCUACGGCAGCCUGGACCAAAGCGCACCCGGCCCCUGCAGCUACACCACGCUGCGCGACGAGGCUGUGAAGCUCUUCAACUCGCUGCAGCAGCUGGAGUUGGAGCGGGACCCGGUGCCGCUGAUGCAGGGCGUCCUGCAGACCUGCCUGGACCUGCCACCGCUGGUGGAUGAGAUCUACUGCCAGCUGGUGAAGCAGACCACGGAGCCGCCGGCGCCGGGCGGGCAGGGCGACCUGCACUACUGGCAGCUGCUCACCUGCAUGAGCUGCACCUUCCUGCCCUCCCUGCCCAUCCUGCGCUUCCUGCGCUUCCACCUGGACAGGACGGAGAGCCGGUUCCCUGCUUCGGAGAUGGCCAAGUACGCCUGCUUCAUCCGGGAGGCGCUGGGGAAGACGAAGGGGCGGGAGUGCGUGCCCUCCCUGGAGGAGAUCCUGGUGCUGAUGCGGCGGCAGGAGAUGAUCUGCACUGUGCACUGCCCGGGGGCACCCGCCUGCAGCGUGGCCAUCAGCUCCCACACCACGGCCGAGGAGGUGGCCCGGGAGCUGGUGUCGCGCCUGGGGCUGUCCCAGAGCCCCAACCUCUUUGCACUCUAUGAGCAGUCCCAGCGUCGGGAGCAGCCCGUGGGCAGCGCCACACUGCUGGCUGACAUCCUCACCAGGUUUGAAAAUUCGGAGAGGCCGCUGCAGACGCUGGCGGCACUGCGCCUGCAGAGCCUCAACAGCGACUUCUCCACCCACGCCCCCUUCCCGCGCCUGGAGGAGCUCUUCCCGCCCCACGUGCUGCAUGCCCGCCUGCCGCCCCCUCGCCGCCAGCCCCCCACCAAGUGCCGGGGGGCCCGGCUCCGUGCGGGGCUGCUGGCUGGUGGGCUCUGGGGGCAGGCACUGGCCAAGCAGCGGGCAGAGCGGGACCAGCGCCUGCGGGGCCGCCUGCGGGAGGAGGGGGCCAGCACCAUGGCCGCCAUCGUGGAGAAGUGGAAGCUGCUGCAGGGUAUGGGCCGGCCCGAGGCCAUGGCUGCCUACGUGGCACUGGUACGGGAGUGGCCUGGCUUCGGCUCCACGCUCUUCGACGUCGACCUGCGCACGAGCCCGGUGGGGGCCGGGCCCCAGCGGCUGUGGCUGGGCAUUGGGGCCAAGGCCAUCUCGCUCUACAAGCCGGGGGAGCCCGAGCCCUUGGACAGCUUCUGCUACGGCCGCAUCCUCUCCUUCGGUGCCUCUGACAGCAGCACCUUCCGCCUCUCUGUGGAGGACCGGGACCUGCUCUUCGAGACCUCCCAGGUGGAUGAGAUCGCCCAGCUCCUCAACACGUACCUCGCCUCCACGGGUGCCCGGAGGCUGCUCCGGCCCCAGGAGCCGGCCACAAGCCCCCCCCAGUUGCCCAGCGCCGCCUGGGCCCAGACAGCACGCUGCCGGCUGGCUCCCGGCCGGGGCAGGGCCGGCCCCGUGCACCACCGGGAUGUGCAGGUGAGCAGUGGCCCUGGUUCAGUGCUCUCGCUGAGCCGGGACACUGUCAGGCUGCAGCUGCGCAGCGGGGCCGGCCAGCUGGGCAAGGCCCGUUCCAAGCCCCCAGGUUCGCUCUCAUCCUCCUCCGAGCGAGCGUUCCUCUCAUGGGCGGAGGUUCCCUCCCAGCGCAGCGCGCAGCUGCCCCAGUCCCAUCCUGGGCCGGGGCACGUGGUGGAGUGGAGGCUGUCCCCCGCCAAGGGUCUUCAGAGGCAGUGCUGCUCCCUGCAGAGCUGCUUCCGCUGA